AUGAUGGUUGGAUAUACGAAGGAAAAUAGCAGCCUUGUGGUGAUUGGGCUGAGUGUGCAUACUACACCGGUGGAGUUGCGUGAGAAACUUGCUAUACCAGAAGCUGAAUGGCCAAGAGCCAUUGGUGAGCUUUGUGGUUUGAAUCAUAUUGAAGAAGCAGCUGUUCUUAGUACGUGUAACAGAAUGGACAUUUAUGUUGUUGCACUUUCUCAGCAUCGUGGUAUCAAAGAAGUCACUGAAUGGAUGUCAAGUGCAGCCAUUUUGUUAUCAAACUUGUCAUUUGAGACUGUUGGGAAUGUAAUGGAACCAGAACAGUUAUGCGACGCGGUUAAUUUUAUUUUAUCCCUGCAGAAAAUAAAUCCAACUGAAACAUUCGAAGAUAUCACCAUUGAUUAUCAGUAUGGAUCAUGGGGGGUAUGCUUUACAUAUGGGACAUGGUUUGGAAUAAUUGGGCUUAUAAGAGCAGGUAAGAGGUACAAAGAUAGCAAAAGCAUUAGAAAGGCAUGUGAGUCUUUGCUUUCAAAACAAGACAAGGUUUGUGGUGGCAUACCUGCAUCAGAGCUUUCACAGUAUCUAUUUCCGCUAUACAACAAAGAUGCAACCCAACACCUUUUUGAAGUAUCAGCAGGACUUGAUUCUCUUGUAAUGGGAGAAGGUCAGAUCCUUGCACAAGUCAAGCAAGUUGUGAAAGCAGGACAAGGAGUUAAUGGAUUUGGAAGAAACAUCAGUGGAUUAUUCAAGCACGCAAUCACCGUCGGCAAAAGAGUCCGAACCGAAACCAACAUUUCGGCCGGAGCAGUUUCUGUGAGCUCGGCUGCGGUCGAGUUGGCAGUGAUGAAGUUACCUGAUCAAGCCUCACAUGGAAAUGCAAGAAUGCUAGUUAUUGGAGCUGGCAAAAUGGGGAAGCUUGUGAUUAAGCAUUUGGUUGCAAAAGGGUGUAAAAAGAUGGUAGUAGUUAAUCGAACCGAAGAGAGAGUAUCUGCGAUCCGCGAUGAAAUAAACGAUGUCGAGAUAAUCUACAAACCGCUUUCUGAUAUGCUCGAAUGCGUAGGCGAAGCGGAUGUAGUUUUCACAAGCACGGCAUCAGAGAAUCCUUUGAUUUUAAAACAACAUGUUAAGGAACUUCCUUUCGCAAGCGAAGAAAUGGGACGAAAGCGCCUCUUCAUCGAUAUUUCUGUUCCGAGGAACGUAGGUUCGUGCGUCGAUGACCUCGAAUCAGUCAAAGUUUACAAUGUCGACAACCUUAAAGAGGUAGUGGCUGCUAACAAAGAGGACAGACUAAGAAAAGCAAUGGAAGCACAAGUGAUCAUCGGCGAAGAAUCGGGCCAAUUCGAAGCAUGGAGAGACUCGUUAGAAAAUGUUCCUACUAUCAAGAAACUGAGAGCUUAUGCUGAAAGGUUAAGGAUUGUUGAGGUUGAGAAAUGUUUAGGUAAAAUGAGUGAUGAGGAUAUAAAUAAGAAGACACAAAAAGCAGUGGAUGAUCUUGGUAGAGGUAUAGUGAAUAAAAUGCUUCAUGGUCCAAUGCAACAUUUGAGAUGUGAUGGGAGUGAUAGUAGGACUUUGAGUGAAACACUUGAGAAUAUGCAUGCUUUGAAUAGAAUGUUUGGUCUUGAAACUGAGGUUUCUGUUUUGGAGCAGAAGAUUAGAGCUAAAGUGGAGCAAAAACCAUAG